GCCUCUGGACGGCCUGCUCCCUGGGUGGCGCACUGCUGGCCGUGGGCGCCGCGGUCACCCGCCGAGCCGCAAAGGCGCCAGUGGAGGUCGUGGCGGAGGCCAUCCCCCGCCCUGAGGACCUGCUCGACUCCCCGAAGUUCCCCAUGUUCGAGGGCUCCACGGGCGGCUACAUGUCCCGCUCCACCCGCGAGAGGCACGCCAUCACCUGGACGGCCAAGGGCCAGGCCAAGUUCGAGAUGCCCACGGGUGGCUUCGCCAUCAUGAACCAGGGCGAGAACCUGUGCUACUUCAGGAAGAAGGAGCAGUGCAUCGCGCUCGGCAAGCAGCUGCGCAAGAUGAAGAUCGAGAACUACAAGAUCUACCGCCUGAAGAAGGAUGGCACCGUGAUCUUCAUGCACCCGGCUGAUGGUGUCUUCCCCGAGAAGGUGAACAAGGGACGUGUGCAGGUGAACGGCCGCCCCUUCACCAUCCGUGGCAACCCUCAGCAGUCCGAGCUGAAGUUCACCAAAUACCAGGGUAAGGGCUACGAGGCGGACCCCCUGACCACCAUGUUCGUCAAGGCCCGCGUGAUGGCCUUCGCGGAUGUGCCCAACCUGUUCGCCCUGCCCCAGCCCAACAUGGAUGAGCUCGUGCCGGCCGAGGAGGUGGACAAGUACACCCGCCAGGAGUACACCACCAGGAUGAUGGAGGCGCUGAAGCGCGUCCAGGACGACCGCGCGGCGAAGGCGGCCAAGAGCCUCUAA